AUGAGCUCCUUCAGCAGUAUUCCUGCUGGCUCGUUAUUGAGUCGCAUGGAGCCUACUCAUGUGUACAUUGCAGGCGCCGGAUUCCUAGUCUGUGCGCUUGUCAGUGUUGUUCUCAUACUAUCGUUUCAGCAGGGUAAAAUUGACUACAACCGUGGGAUCUUCACCUACCUCCGGUUUGCCUAUGCAUCGUUCCUCAAGCCGCACGACAAAAACGGCAAUGGUCAGCAGGAUGCAUUGGAGAGUUUCUACAAGACUCAAGCUGGUGUGUAUGACGCUACUCGCAAACGGCUCCUUCGUGGACGAGAGGAUAUGCUGGGACUCGUUGCCGCGCAAUUGAAGUACAAAGUGGAGAGCAAGGAGCUUAAGGCCGGAAAAGCCAUCUGGGUUGAUAUUGGCGGAGGAACUGGUUACAACAUCGAGGCGAUGGCUGCUUUCCUACCAGUUCAGUCGUUCUUCUCGCACGUCUAUCUGGUCGACCUGUCUCCUUCACUCUGUGACGUCGCCCGUCAGCGAUUUGAACGCCUGGGCUGGAAAAAUGUCACUGUCGUUUGCCAGGAUGCACGCACCUUCCGUCUACCAGACGAAGAGAAAAUCGACCCUCGCGCCCGAGUCACAUCCAAUGCAGGCGCACACGUCAUCACUAUGAGCUACAGUCUGUCUAUGAUUCCUGACUACUACAGCGUGGUGGACUCGUUAACGGACCUAUUGAAGCCCUCGGGUCUUCUGGGUGUUUGUGAUUUCUAUGUCCAAAGUAUUGUUGACGUCUCUUCGCGCAACUACAUCGGCGGUGCGUUUAACCGUCACGUUAACUGGCUGGGUCGUGCCUUCUGGCGUGCUUGGUUUGAUGCGGAUCGCGUGAGUCUCGAGGCAGCGCGCAGAGAUUAUCUGGAAUACCGCUUUGGAACUGUCAUCUCUGCCAGCGAGCGCAAUUACCUCCUGGGGGGCAUUCCCUAUUACAUCUUCGUUGGGCGUCAGAAGGAACUCACCUCCAGUAUCUCCGGCCAGGAAACGAUCGAGAAACUGGACGCUUCAUUCACCGAGUCGCCAUAUCUGUCUCCUGCAAAUCAUACCAGAGAGGUGGAAAAGGCAAUGGUACAGAGCGCCCAGGAGAUCCGAUCAAAGGCUUAUGAAUCUGCUGUGGUCAACCUCAGCGCGAAUCUGCCUCUUCCUUCGUCCUUCUACCAGAACCACCAUUGCCGCAUUUUCUACAAUGACCUGCUCCCCAAGCACGCGCAGUUUAAGAACGAGUACAUCUAUGCUUUCAAUUGGGAAGACCCUCGCGUCGACCACAGACUACUGGACAUCAAGCGAGAUGAUGUCAUUCUGGCAAUUACCAGUGCGGGAGACAAUAUUUUAGAUUAUCUGCAGAAGAGCCCGAAAAGGAUACACGCAGUGGAUCUGAAUCCCAACCAAAACCACCUUCUUGAGCUCAAGGUUGCCAGUUUCAUGGCUCUGGGCCACCGUGAUAUCUGGAAAAUCUUUGGCGAGGGGAAGCAUUCUGAGUUCCGCGAGCUCCUGAUCUCUCGUCUCAGCCCUCACCUCUCAAGUCAGGCAUUCCAGUACUGGCUGGAACACACCCAGAUUUUCACUUCGAAGCAUGGCCGAGGCUUGUACGAGACUGGUGGAUCCCGGCAUGCGAUCAAGAUGGUCCGGUAUCUGUUCAAGGUCUUCGGCCUCGAUGCGCAAGUGAAGAAGCUCUGCGAGGCCCAGACGCUCGCUGAGCAACGUGAGAUUUGGCCCCGAAUCCGCUCCGUCCUGCUGAGCAAACCCCUCCACUGGGCCAUAGUCAGCACCGAAUGGUUCGCAUGGAAGGCCGCAGGCGUGCCUCGAAACCAGCGAAACAUGAUCAUUGACGAUUACUUCAAGCGAAUGGGCCUGACCAAGGACAUGAACCAAGGCAAAGACAUUGGUGGCCAGUCGAUCUGGCAAUAUGUCGUUGACACCUUGGACCCAGUCGUGAAUGAGACCAUGAUCAGCAACGACAACUACUUCUACUUCCUGUGUCUGCAGGGACAAUUCUCAAGAAGAUGCCACCCCACCUACCUAUCCCCCAAAGCCCACGUGAAGCUCUCAUCACCCGGCGCCUUUGAUGGCCUCCGUAUCCACACAGACGAGAUCAACGAGGUGAUCCGACGGAUCACUCCUCGAAGUCUGACAAUCGCUGUGGUCAUGGACUCCAUGGACUGGUUCGACCCCGAAGGCACCGAGGCCUCCACCCAAGCCCAGAAACUCAACCACGCCCUGAAGAUGGACGGCCGCAUCCUCCUGCGCUCCGCCAGCAUUGAACCAUGGUACAUCAAGCAGUUCGAGGAGAACGGCUUCACAGCCCGCCGGGUGGGCGCUCGCUUCCCCGGCUCGUGCAUCGACCGCGUGAACAUGUAUGCUUCGACGUGGAUUUGCACGAAGACAACGGAGCUGGAGCGGCCGACUUCUGGCCGCACGAUAUCGGCAUUGUCACUGGGUGAGGCUGGUGGGAAGAGAUCGCAGAGUGUAGAGCACCUUGAGAUAUGA